AUGCCCCUUCCCAUUGGAUGGAUAAAAUGUAAUACUGAUGAUUUAUCUGGGAACAAUGGUGCGGGCUAUGUGAUGAGACAUUUUCCAAGCAAAGCCUCUUUUUGUGCGUCUACAGUUUUUGAAGUAAACCCCGUUGAAGAAGCUGAAGCCAAAGCUAUUCGAGCAGUCUUUAUGGAGCAAAAUCUUAUUCACAUCAUCAUUGAAAGUGAUGCUAAAGAUCUUAUCGACCAAUUUUCUGCUGGCGUGUUUGAUGGGGAUUCUAAAACAGAUGUUAUCUUUAAGGAUAUUCAGUACUUUUCUUCCAGUUUAGUUGCUUGUUUAUUUACAUUUCAACCUCGUAUGUUAUCACUGAUGAGGAUGUUGGUGAAUAAGGUAACAUAUGGGUUCUAUGGAAGAAUUCUUUGGAAAGACCAGCUGGUAGAAGAUAACUGGAAUUUGCGCCUUGUUGGUGCGCCUCCUUUUGUUUUUGCUGGAAAGUUAAAACGUUUGAAGGAAGUCUUGAAGAUAUGGAAUAGAACUGUUUUUGGUGAAGUUCAAUUUCGUUUGAAACAAGUUGAACUUAGUCUUGAAUCUGAAAAUGAUCUUCUAGAUUUAGAUCCGGCAGAUGAAGUCCAAUUCACCAAGGUGGCAGAUGCCAAGAAUGUUGUGGAUGCAGUGAAGACUGAUUUUGCAGAUGAAAUUAAAGAUUUCAUUGUCAAUCACUAUAAGGAAAAGUUUAAUGGUGGAGCGGCUGUCAUUGAUCCAAAAUUGUUUGAAUUUGAGCAUGAAAGAAUCUCAUACCUUGAGAGUUCUUUUAUGGAUGCUGUGCCAACUCUAGACGAGAUUAAGAGAGCUAUUUUUGACUUGGGAGCAGAUUCGGCGCCUGGCCCAGAUGGUUUCUCAGGUUGUUUCUACAGACAUUGUUGGAAUAUUAUUGCUACUGAUCUUUUUAGUUCCAGUAAAAAUUGUUGGUUGAUGAGGAAAAUUCCUAAUGGCAUUAAUUCUAGUUUUAUUGUUCUCAUUCCAAAAAACACAAGGUCGGAUACUAUUAAGGAUUUUAGGCCUAUUGGUUUGAGUAAUUUUUUCUUCAAAAUCAUUACAAAAUUUUUGGCUACCAGGCUUGGUACAGUUCUGAAUAGAUUGAUUUCUGAAGAACAAGUGGCUUUUAUGAAGGGAAGGAACAUUCAUGAAAAUAUAGCUCUUGCAUCUGAAUUGAUUAAUGAGAUUUCUGCGCCAAGGAACUUUGGUAAUGUCGGCUUAAAACUUGACAUUGCUCAAGCUUUUGAUACUGUAAGUUGGGAGUUUAUAGCUGAAGUUUUCCGUCAAUAUGGUUUAUCUGAAACCUGGUGCUCUUGGAUUCAUAGUAUUCUUAGUUCGGCUAGGAUUUCUGUGCUAAUAAAUGGCAGUCCGGAGGGUUUCUUUAGCAUCACUAGAGGGUUGCACCAAGGUGAUCCUCUUUCACCUUUGAUUUUUGUUCUUAUUGAAAAUAUCUUGAGUCGUAAUCUCUCUAAAUUGUUUGCUAAAAGAAGUAUGCACAACAUGGUUAGUAAGAAAGGUGUAGCUCCAACACACCUUCUCUUUGCGGACGAUAUUCUUGUUUUCUGCAGAGGUAAUCUUCAUAGUUUGCAAAAUUUGAAGACUAUGCUUAAUGUCUAUGAGAAGGUUUCAGGACAGUGCGUAAAUUAUUCAAAGAGCAAAUUUUAUUACAGUGGUGGCACUUAUUCUCGGAGUAUUGCUAUUGCUAAUUAUUUGGACAUGGAAAGGGAUUUAUUUCCGGAUAAAUAUCUGGGAAUUCAAUUAAAGCCUGGCAUUGUGCUACACAUUCAUGUCAGGCAGGUGGUUGAAAAGAUUAUGGACAAGUUGGCUAGUUGGAAGGGUAAACUCUUAAUUUUUCAAGCUAGACUGGUUUUGAUCAGAUCGGUGAUUGCUAGUUAUGUUAUUCACUCUAUGGCUAUUUAUAAAUGGCCUUGCAAUAUCAUUAAACAGGUUGAGAGGGCCAUUAGGAAUUUUCUUUGGUCGGAUGAUGCGGAAAAGCUUAAGUUCUUUACGGUUUUAUAUGAAAACCUGUGUUGUUCAAGACGUGAAGGUGGCCUGGGCCUUAGAAGAUUGAUUGAUGUUAACAAGGCUAUGCUUAUGAAGUUAUGGAUUUCAAUUCGUGAUUCGGACAAGACUUGGGCCAGAUUUUUGAGGGCGAAGUACUUCAAAUUGAAUGGAGUUUUGAUUGGUUACAAAUUUGGUUCUACGGUUUUUCCUGGAAUCAGGUGGGUUUAUGAUUUUGUGCAGCAACACACUAGGUCAACUAUAGGUGAUGGCGCUAAUACUUCCCUAUUCUCUGAUAAUUGGCUUGGUGAUUUUUCGAUUGCGAAGAGAUUAGGUAUUACUUCCAAAGGCCCUAAGGCUAAGGUGAGUGAUAUAAUUGUUGAUGGUGCUUGGACUAUUCCUCAAAGCACACGAGAUUUGAUGGUUCGGCUCAAUAUUGAUGUUGGAAAUUUGCAUAUUAUUGCUGGGGACGAUGACUAUAAGAUUUGGGAUUUAGAUAACAAAGGAGUCUUCCCAGUAAAAUCUGCAAAGGCUGCCAUUAGAGAGAAUGCGGAAACUCUGCCAAUCGCAACUUUGUUUUCUCGGCCAGUUGUGCACCCUAUUGUAAGUGUUAAAUAUUGGAAGGUCUGGGCAAAGAAGUGUUGUGCUAGUGAUGAUAACGUCAUUAAGAAGACUGGAAGGUGUUUGCCUUCAAUGUGCUGUUUGUGUAGACGGGAUUGCGAAACUCUUAGCCAUAUUACUUGGCAGUGCAGAUUUGCCAAGAGAAUUUGGGCUUGGGCGGCACGUAUUUUUAAUCUGCAACCAAGAGAAGAUCCGGUGGCUUCAUAUAAGGCUGCUAAGGGGUGCAACAAGAUGAUUAAGGAUCUGUGGUUGGUCGCUAAUCUUGCAAUCACUACAGAGUUAUGGAGGCUGCGCAACAAAGUUUAUUUUGAAGAUGUUGUUGUGCAAUUACUAGGUUUUAAAGGUAAAGUUUAUCAGUUAAUUCGUGAUAACUCAAUAUGGAUGAAGGGCCUUAUGAAUAAUACAAUGGAGGAUUUACGCAUAUUGAAUUAUUUCAAAGUGAAGCAUAGAUCGUGCAAAGUUUCUUCUCUUAUUGAGAUAAGGUGGUGUCCUCCUAACCAAGAUGAAAUCAUGAUUUUCUGUGAUGGUGCAUCCCUUGGGAAUCCAGGCCCGGCUGGAGCUGGCGUUACAUUUCGUGAUGUAAACGCAGCUGUUUUGGGAGUCCUCUGCGUUGGCCUGGGAUUGCAGACAAACUUUUAUGCGGAAGUGUGCGCAGUUAUAUAUGGUGCUAUGUUGGCCAGAAGGUGGAAAUUUUAG